UUUCAGAUCUCUGCCGUGCAAUUUAAAGUUCGGGGUACAGAGAAUCAAGAAACCGAGCACACUUAAGGUUGCUGCGGCUGGUAUAUGUGUCGCUACCGGAGGUGCUGUGGCAUAUUAUUUCUUCAGCGAAAUGUAUGACCACAAAUACAGGAGAGGACCGGGGCACAUAAGUAGCAGUCGAUCUCUGCUUCCAUCUCUACCCUCAGUGGCUGCGAAAGGAAAGGCCAGAAAAUUUGACUUUGAAGACAGAGACAUGUUCAUGUCAUCUCAGGAGCACAGAUUUCGUCUCUUCAGCUCGGUGCAGUACGAAGGGCAGCUGUACAUGACUCCUCAGAACUUCAUAGAGUCCGUCACCAUGAACGAGCCCAAACACAAGAAGCCAUGGAAGCCUCUUACAAAGCAGGAACUGGAGAAGAUUCUGUCAGAGACUCCUCCUGUUUGGAAGGGAUCAUCCAAACUCUUCCGAAAUCUUAACAACCAAGGCAUCAUCGCUUACACUGAAUACCUCUUCCUGCUUUGCAUUUUGACCAAGCCUCACGCUGGCUUCAAGAUCGCCUUCAACAUGUUUGACGCAGACGGGAACCAAGUAGUGGACAAGAGGGAGUUCCUGGUGCUGCAGGAAAUCUUCCGCAAGAAGAACGCGGAGAAGGAGAGGAAAGGAGACAUGGAGAAAUCAGCGCUGCUGACUCUGCAGCUUUAUGGAUCCCAAGCUUCUCCUGUGAGCAGCAUACCUGUUGUAAAAAAAGAGCCUGAGGACUUUGUGCCCAAGAGCUGCUGGGAGGCUGUGAAGCACAGCACCAGUAAAGUGCUCUUUUCAGACCUGGCCGAGUUGGCCGAUGAGACCCUGACCACAGACACAACGCUCCUGGUGCAUUUCUUCGGAAGGAAAGGGAAAGCUGAGCUGACAUUUGAUGACUUCUACAGAUUCAUGGACAACCUGCAGACAGAGGUUCUGGAGAUUGAGUUUCUCACCUACUCCGAAGGGAUGACCACCAUCAGCGAGGAGGACUUCGCCCGGAUCCUGCUACGCUACACCAACGUGGAAAAUAUCAGCAGCUACCUGGAGAACGUGCGGCAGAGCAUUCCCGACGAGAAGGGGAUUACUUUCGACGAGUUUAGAUCCUUUUUCCAGUUCCUGAACAACCUGGAGGAUUUUGCCAUUGCCAUGAAGAUGUACAACUUUGCCAGCCGUUCUAUAGGUCAAGAUGAGUUUGCACGUGCGGUUUACGUGGCAACGGGGCACAAGUUCACCCGCCACCUGGUCAACACGGUCUUCAAGAUCUUCGACGUGGACCACGACGACAAGCUGAGCUACAAGGAGUUCAUCGGCAUCAUGCAGGACCGGCUGCACCGCCGGGCUCGGGGAUACAGAACAGAGGAGAAGAUACCUUCAUUUAAAGUUUGCCUGAAGAAGGAGCUCUCCAGCAGAUAAAUGAAUGUCGUCGUCAGCAUAUCCUUAUGGGAGUCCAUUUUGGAAAACACCUGCAGACACUGGGGGAGAGAGCCCAGGGACUGGCUCAUGGGUUCUGCUGCAGGAGGGAAGGAACAGGAAGUGAGGACGGCACAUGGCACAAUCUGUCCACUCAGGAUCUACAGCUAAACUCAGUGACAUCUCAUAAAACACAAAGCAUCUCAGAGCACGUGCACACACAAACACACACAUACACACAUGCAGACACACACACCGACGGAAACACACGCACACCCACGCAAACACACACACACACACACUCACACAAACUCACAUACACAAAUGCACAUCGGCACAAACAGUAAUGCUGCAAAAUCAAUCUUCCCUGUGCCUUUCUUUGCAAGAGACAAAUAAAAAAGAUUAUUUCCCUCUUGCUACCAGGUGCAGCAGUCCUCAUACCAAAAAUAUAACACAAAUUCUGUCCAAACACCUGUGCAAACACAUCAAGUAUAUGAUGAAAGUAAAAGUAAAUUAUAGCAAGAAAAUAGCAUAAGCGUCCAAAAAUACAGGCCAUUCAGCCCAGCAAUGCUUGCCUUUUUCCUACCACUAAAGUGUACCUAAUGUGCCGGAGAUAUGAUUUUAAAUGAGAAAUUUGAUCCUAUUUGUUCCUCAUCUGGCUAAUCUGGAAGCCUAUAGUUUAUUCAAGAGUGUUUUCACAGAUUAAAUUAUUUGUUUUACUUUAUGCACUAUAAAUACAAUUAUAGUAAAAUAUUGUUUGGUUAUGUUGUUAUAAAUAAGUAUGGACCCUCUGAUAGCCAUAUAGGAACAGGGCAGACGUGUAAUCAGGAAGCUACACUAAUUAAUGCCAUAGUUUUCUUCAACUUUAACAUUAAUGUAGGAAUUGUGAUGUCCUGCUUUGUAUUUAUACAUUUGAAAUAUGUUUUAUUUAUUUCAGCUCUAUACAAGUUAAAUGCAUAGGAGGAUUACAAAUGUUGUAUUGACAGUACUGCUAGAGCUAAAUGUUCAGGGAAAGUAUUGCUGCAUGCCUGCAUGAACCUACUGUGGGCUGCAUAUUUAUGUUGUUGUUUUAUUUGGUUCCUAUUGCUGCUAUUUAUCAUAUACUGUAUUUAUGAAUUCAUUUGGUCCAUAUAUUUAUUUGUGUCUUAAUUGUGGUUUAAAAAGAGGCCAAACCUGUUUGUGCUUUUGCCUUAUUCUUGUUUGGUAUCUGCUCAAUGGUGGUGUUGUAUUGUUAGCGCUGACAGACUGGAAUAAGCCAUAUAAUCUGCCUAAGCAGUGAACACAUUGCUAACAUAGUUUCUCCUACUGGCCCUCUGCUAUCCCAGGAUCAGUUUACCCAGGGACAAAAAACAUACGGACAUUGUCAUCUAAUUUUCCCCAGAUACCUCUUAACCACUUUUGUAUUUCUCUCUAAUUCAGAAUAGCCAUACCUAUCUUGAAGAGCAGCUCACUAGUAUGAUUGCUUAGUUGGAAUUAUUAAAUUAUUAACUUUAAAGGUGAUUGUUGUAGUAUUUGUGGCAUUCAUUCAUUCAUUCAGCUGUGCUGUCUUGUGUUUAAAGAAACAAUUGUGGGUAAUCUUUGAAAGGUGAUUCAGGAGUGAUUAGGAGAGAUAGACUACUUUAAGAUUAUUAUGAAGAUUAUUAUUAUAGUUUAUAGUUUAUAGAUUAUAGUUUUUAAAGCAGGUAUUCUACAGUUUCCACGGGUAUCUGUGCCCUGUGUUCAACUUCAGUUAGCAUACAUGUAGUCCCCUGUUAUUCAAAUGAUCGUCCUCAAUGACCAAGAGCUGCUGGUUUUCCACCAUCCCUUUACCUGGGGGUCAGGUGUGAUGAUAGGCUGGCCAAUCAGUAGCACUCAGUUACCUGGGAGGGAAGAAAACCAGGGCUGGAUUUGGAGUUCAGGGCCAGGUUUGAGCAUCCAUUGUUUAGUCAUUUGAAAUCAAUGACAAUCCAGCAAUUGUGUCUUCAGUGUAGACAUAAGUGUAGAAGCAGAAUUAGAGUAUGGCGGUGUCUCUGCUUUACUUGAUAGCCAUACAAUAAAAUUCUCAAUUAUGAAUAAACUCUGACAGACAUUAUCAGUCUGAAUAAUCAGCAAGUAUGUAAUUUAAAUAAUGAUGAUAUGUUAGCAGCUGAUUAAUUAUUAAAUGUUUUGAUAUGCCUGUGUGUGUUUCACAUAUAAAUAAUUUUAUUGACAUAACAUAACAUAACAACAGGCCGUUCAGCCCUGCAAUGCGUGUUUUUGUUCCUCUCACUAAACUGUACCUAAUGCUUAGUUUACCUAAAAAGUAGAUAGACAUUGAUAAUAGGUAGAUAUGAUCCUAAAUUAGAAAAUCAUCUUUCAUCCUAUUUGUUCCUCACUUAGCUACUCUGGAUUAUGGGUAGCCUUCAAGAGUAAAACUGUGUCUCUGUGUUUUGUUUCCCAGGUUAAAUUAUUGAUUCAAUUAUUUAUUUGUCUGUAUGCAUGGCAUUAACCUUUUUAUGGUGACCAAGUAAAAUUAUGGUAAAAUAUUAAAUUAGUUAAAACUCAGGUUUUGUAGCAAACCUUUAAAUCGGUACAUUGUCCGUAGAUCUUCAUAAACUGUUGAGUGCAACAGUUUAGGGAAAAUAUGAAUGAGUGGUAUGAAAUGUUACUAUACAAAUACAAUGACAAAUGUAUAAAUAAAUGAUUUAUUCUA